AUGGCACGAGCACAAAGGUCUGCUGCUGCUCAUGGCCAAAAGUCCAUCGCCUCCUUAUUCAAGGGUUCCGCAAAGUCUGAAUCUGACGCAGACACAGCCAGCGGGCUCAGUGACUCGGAGGUUUCUGAGCCUGAGGAAGAAGCUAAGAAACCCACUGCUGUAGCAAGCAAGAGCUCAGCUCCAGAUGCGUCGGACCUGCCCCCAAUCCAUAACAUACCAGCCAUCUUCUCUGAUCUAGUCGCACGCGCUUCCCAGAUCAAGGUAGUGGCGCAGCACCUGCAAGGCCGCAAGAUGCGCGUCGCCACAAUGUGUUCCGGCACAGAGUCUCCCCUUCUCGCGCUCGACCUCAUUCGUCGAUCCAUACUCCAGCACUAUGACGUGAAUCUCGAGUGCGAACACGUCUUCUCGUGCGAGAUCGAGCCUUUCAAGCAGGCGUACAUCGAGCGGAACUUCCAACCACCCCUGCUGUUCCGUGAUGUCUGUGAGCUUGGGGACACACAUGCGUACGCCAGUACGACAGCGUACGGGUCCCUAGCGCCCGUCCCCGGAGACGUCGACAUCCUCAUCGCGGGUACCUCCUGCGUCGACUACUCCAACCUCAACAACGAGAAUCAAGAUAUCGACGCGAAUGGCGAGUCUGGAAGGACAUUUCGGGGGAUGAUGUCCUGGGUGAAGAAUCACCGGCCACCCUUGGUCAUUCUGGAGAACGUGUGCUCGGCACCUUGGGAGCGCGUGGUCGAAUACUUCGAGAAGAACAAAUAUAGUUCCCAGUUCUUACGAGUUGAUACAAAGGACUUUUACAUACCUCAUACCCGUACCCGUGUAUAUCUCCUCGCUGUCGACCGGCGAAACUCGGAUCUUCCAGAUGAGUGGGCGAAGCUUCUCAACAAGCUCAAGCGACCCGCAUCGUCCACUCUCGAUGCCUUCCUGCUCCCCUCCGACGACCCCCGUAUCCAUCAGGCACGCGAGAAGCUCGUUUCCGAAAGCUACAACGCAGUCGACCGACGGAGAGGCCGGACAGACUGGGGCCGAUGCGAGUCCCGUCACCAACGCGCGAGACUGGAGGAGGAGCUCGGCUCGAAGCGCCCGCUAACGAGCUGGGACGAAGGUGGUUUCUGUAAGUUGCCAGAUUUUGCGUGGAACGACUGGGGAGUUGGGCAAGUAGAGCGUGUUUGGGACUUGAUGGACAUUAGUCUCCUCCGGUCUGCCAAGAAAGGCGUCGAUCCGUCAUACAAAACGCAAGUGUGGAACCUCUCGCAGAACGUCGAUCGGACCAUCGGGUCGAACAAAGUCGGCAUUUGUACAUGCCUGACACCCGCCAUGAUUCCGUACAUCACGAAUCGCGGCGGACCUAUGGUCGGCAUUGAGGCGCUCUCCAUGCAGGGUCUGCCCGUGGACGAGCUGCUCCUGACGCGCGAGACGGAGGAUCAGCUCGCCGACCUCGCGGGGAAUGCGAUGUCCACGACUGUCGUCGGCGCGUGUAUCAUGGCCGCACUCAUCGUGGGCAGGAAGCUGCUAAAAGAGGGCAACGAUACGAGCACGUACGAGUCCCGAGACAACAUGUCGAUGGACGUCGACAGGGACGAAGUGCGGGAUGACUCGAUGGACGUCGAUCAGGCGCUCGACGACAUAGCCAUCGAAGACCGUGUCUCCGGGGUAGACCAGCUUGUGGACCAGCCUUUGGACCUGGCGUCAACCGCUGCAGUCCCUCUUGUGACUCUUCUUGACAAGGCGGUGAAGAGCGCGCGUCUGUGCGAGUGCGAGGGCCGGAAGGACAUUACUGAUCGUCAGGUAAAUCGCUGCAAGGACUGCGGCUCGUCGUCCUGCGUCAAGUGUGGCGGUCGGCCGGAGCACAACCCUGAGCCCAUCGACGUCCAGGCAAACCCACGGAUGCCUCCAACUGCCUUUGCGAAGGAGCUCAAGUCGACGCUCCCCAUGUCAGUCUCCCUGUCGAACGUCUCCCAAGCGCUACUCGACAGCCUCAAGGAAGCGUCUGGAGUUUCUAUCCCGAGCGAGCGCUGGUCGAGCUGGUGCGAAGCCGUCCUCCGCGUCUCCCAGCACGAAUUGCGGUUCGUCGAGCCCAAGCGACAAGACAUCUGGGUGGCGACGUACCAGUCACCCGUGGCGUAUCUCGAGCUUCUGCUCUUACCCCAGCAGCCCGAGUGGCGCCUCUUCGCAAAGCCGGAGGAGAGCGAACCGGCGAACUCGGAGCUCCGCAGGCUGCUGGAGACCCCCGUAGGCAGGAUGGCUUGCCGGGGCGGGCUGUGUGCGGGGCGCUGGGACUUUGCGCUGCCGCAUACUACGUCUGUGCGUAUCAUGAUCUCUGGUAGCGAGCCCGUUCCGUCGUGGGAGCAGAAGCUUGGCCUGCAGGGCGACGAGUUCAGAGACAAGAUGGUUAACUCGAGGUUGGAGAUCAGCGUUCCCCAGGAGGACAUGGUACACUUCGACAGGGACAUUUCGGGUGUCUAUACGCUGCUAGACAAGUGCGGCACCGCGAACUCGGCGCUGCAUAAGAAGAUGUCUGACGAGCGCGACUCUCACUUGCCGCCGCUAUUCUUGUUCCUCGACCCAACGCGGUGUGGAGAUCCCGCGGAUGACUGUUUUGUGAUCUCCAUCAGCAAGCGGCGUUACGAGUACGGUGAGACUCGGCCUCUCGUUUGCAAGUUUGAUUCGGAGUGGAGGCAGUCCGACACUGUGGAAGAGCAGAGCAUCGAGUGCCAUAUUCCGCAGAGGUGGGUCGAGUCGCCUGAGACGCGUCUGACGGUAAGUAGUAUCAUUAUCAAAUCAAUCCAUGUUAAGGCUUACGCUUCGAAUCAGCCUGUAGCCGGCCACGAAGCGCACUUCGCUGUGCCAGGAGACCACCUCAACGUCAGCAUCUCAAAUGACGCCUGCUCCAGCGCGAACGCCCUCCUUGUGUGCCGCGUCCCACUUCUCGACCAGGCGGGCCCCGAGUGGCCGCGCGGCACUUGGCAGGAGGUCGACAAGGUACACGAGCGCGUCACGUUCAAGGCCCUCGCGUGGCUCAUCGAGCGCAUCCGCAACGUCGGCGACCACUUCGGCCACUGGCAGGACGCGGAGAUAGUAUGUGACCACGUCAACUGCGAGCGCUGCGCACCCACUGCGCCCGACCUGCGUUGGAUGAAAAACAAGAACAGAAUCGUGGCGAUUGAGGACACGGCGCAGGCUGGAGAGUAUGAGCGCAGGCUGAAGCGCCGCCCUGCACCGUUCGUCACGCAGCUCAAGCUCGAGAAAAGUGGCGUCGGUGUGAUCCGCAUCGGUGUGAAUAUUACGUCGCUCAUGCACCGGGCCAUGUCUCGUCUUCCCUCCGCCGGUCGAACAGGAGAAAUCAAGACCUCGUGGCGCUUGACGACCGACUUCCUCCCGGCAGCGAAAAUCGACCUCCCGAAAUUCAAGCUCUCGAGCAACCGGCAUGACGUAAGACACGCCCAACCUCCUAGCUUCGUCAUCGACUUGCGCCCGGAGCAGCUGCGAUCGCUUACGUGGAUGUUGGUGCAGGAGGAGCCGGACGCGCCUCCAUUCAUCGAGGAGGAAAUUUCGGAUGCGAUCUUGGAGCCGCUUGGAUGGAGGGCGGAAGGCCGUGCACAGAGGCCGGUUCGUGUCAGAGGAGGCGUGCUUGCGGAUGAGGUUGGGUAUGGGAAGACCGCCAUCACGUUGGGUCUUAUUGACUGCACCUCGAAGAGCGUCGAGGACGAGUUCAAGAAGAUGGAGGGCAUGAAGGGCAAGAUCCCAGUCAAGGCGACCCUUGUAGUUGUUCCUCCUCAUCUGACUAGACAAUGGGGCUCUGAGGUGAAGAAGUUUACAGGAAAGCGGUUUAAAGUUAUUAUACUCAUGACUGCUACGAGCAUGAACUCCUUGACCAUCGAGGAUGUUCAGGAAGCAGACAUUGUUGUCGUCGCCUCCAACUUGUUCCAAAGCAACGUCUAUCUGGGGAACCUGGAGAUUUUCGCUGGCGGUGGUAGUCUCCCUGUCCACGAAGGCAGAUAUUUCAACGCGAGGUUAGAGACUGUGCUUGCAUCGCUCCGUGGACAAGUCGACCGGCUUAGAGAAGAGGGUGCACAAGCCGUGAUAAAGAAGAUCAACGAAGGCAGGAAGCUAGGUAUGAGGUUUAUAUUUAGUGUCCUGCUACUGUAUGCUAAGUCUUUUGUACUAGACGAGGACGAAGGUAACUUCCUGCUUUCCGCAAAGCGACUCAAGGGUAAGACCUCCCGUCAGGCAGUCGAGGUCGUAGAGGAUGCUGCGAAGCCGAAGCCGAAGCCGGAACCCUCAGAGACGAAAAACUCGCGAACAAGGAUGAUCAUGGAGGUCGUCAUCCCUCCUCUGCCCAAGCUCAGAAAAAAAGAAGUCGAGGGCCCGUGGGAGCUGGGGUCGACCGCGGUGAAGAAAGACUGGACGAAGAUGCAGGCGCCGCCUCUCGAAAUGUUCCACUUCUCCCGGAAGGUCGUCGACGAGUACACGUACCUCGAUGGCAAGAUUCAUUCCAUGGUAACGAACAUCACAGCGGAGCGACACUGGGUGCUUUCUGGUACUCCCCCAAUCCACGAUUUCCGCGCUCUCAAGACCAUCUCUGCAUUCCUCAACUUGCACCUUGGCGUGGACGAUGAUGGUGAAGGGCAGUCGGUUCAGGUCAAGAAACGCCGCAAGGAAGAGACGGCUGUGGAAAAGUUUCACUCUUUCCGCGAGGUCCAUAGUCUCGAGUGGCAUGCUCAUCGCCAUCAAAUUGGGCAAGCGUUCUUGGAUCAAUUCGUUCGUCAAAACAUUGCUGAGAUCGACGAGAUCCUGUCCAGCGAAGGAAUCAGGAAGGUGGACCUGCCUGCAGCUGAGCGUGCCAUCUACCUGGAACUCGAGCACCAUCUUCGUGCACUAGACAUGACCGUCAAGCGAAGCAGGAAGAGUGAAAGCGACCGUGAAAAGCGAGUGGCCCAAGCACUCGGAGAAAGCAGCACUGCCGAAGAAGCCCUUCUCAAACGCUGUUCACAUUUUGAGCUCGACUCCUCCGACAAGGAGAACGCCAUGAAAGCAUGCGAGGUCAUCGUCCGCGAACGGUGCGCGCAACUCGAUGACUGCAAGACUGAGCUCGAGAAGAUGAUCUUGGAGGCACUCAAGAUGGAGAAGAAGAUCGGCAAGAUGGAGAUCGAGUCGCUUUUCCGUGAGUACGUCCGCGUCACGCGCAACGAGGGCGUCGGCGAUGAGGACGCGACGGAGCAGACGAGGACGCUGCUCGAUCAGGCGAACGUCGCUGCACCCCUUCGGACAAUUACGAACAAGCAGGUCGACGCGCGCGGUAAGGGCAAGUCUAAGGAUGACGACCUGCCGGAAAGCAUUAAGCAGCUCAUCUGGGAGCACCGCGAGAAGACCCAUGUGAUACGCCGUCUGACGAAGGAGCUUGUGGGCCGCGUACGGUCGUUGCGAUACUUCACUGCCGUUCGGGACUUGCAGAAGCAGGCCGAUGUGGCACCUGUAGUGUCGUGCCCAUCGUGUAGGCGUGAUCAAGUCCCGAUUGAGGAGGUCGCGGUGCUCUCGUCUUGUGGCCAUAUGGGCUGCAUCGCGUGUGUAACAGAGCAUGCGGAGAGGGAGGAGUGUGUAUAUGCUGCAUCUGGCGCAUGUAAAGCGGCCGCUCGUGUGUUGAACGUUGUAAAGGGCGACACCCUGGGUGUCGACGACGAGCAGCGCGACGGGCAGGGCAAGCACUACGGCCUCAAGCUCGAGAAGGUCAUUUACCUCGUCAAGAAGGAGAUACCUAAGGAAGAACGAGUCCUCGUCUUCGUUCAGUUCCCCGAUCUCAUGAAGAAGGUCGCGGAGGCGCUCGCCGCGAACGAUGUCAAGUUCCUCGAGAUCCGAGGAACCGCAGUGCAGAAGAGCAAAAGCCUUGAGCAAUUCCAGACGAACAGCAAGGAGCGUGUGCUGUUGCUGAACGUUAUGGACGAGAGCGCGAGCGGGGCGAACCUGACGUCGGCCAACCAUGCGGUGUUCCUGUCGCCGCUGCUGGCCGCGACGCAAGAGAUCUACGACGCGUGCGAGACGCAGGCGAUCGGGCGGCUGAGGCGAUACGGGCAGACGAAGCUUGUCAACAUUUAUCGCUUCCUCAGCACGAACACGAUCGACGUUGAGACCUACGAGCAGAGGGCCAAGGUGAAGAUUUAG